CUAUCAAUUUUUUCUUAAUAUACAUGAAAAAUCCCAGAAACUUUUAAUAAGGGACAGAGAGUAUUAAAGACCAAAUAAAUUCCAUAAAUAUGAAAAAGACUGUAUCCAAGUUGUAACUGAAUAAUACUAUAUAAAGAAUGAAAAUAAUCAUGCAAAGUGCCUGCUGGGUUACCUAUGCCACACGAUAGUACCAACAAAAAGACCCUUAAAAAAUAUAUAGAAUUGAAAAGAAAAAUAAAUUGAAGGUAGAGAAGCUAAGAGUGAGAUUAAGAUACUCUUCACAUGGCAGCAAGAACACCUCUGUUGGUGCCAAUUGAUGAUAAUGGAGAACAGAACACAAGAACUCAAACAGAGAGAUGGUGGAACAAAGUAUUGGAUAUAGAGGAAGCAAAAAUUCAAUUGAUGUUUUCAUUACCAAUGAUUCUUACAAACUUGUUUUAUUAUUUGAUCACUUUGGUUUCUGUGAUGCUUGUUGGUCAUCUUGGUGAGCUUCAGUUAGCUGGUUCUACUCUUGCUAAUUCUUGGUUUAGUCUCACUGGUGUGGCUGUUAUGGUUGGUUUAAGUGGUGCACUAGAAACACUCUGUGGACAAGGAUUUGGUGCAAAUGAAUAUCACAUGUUGGGAAUUUAUCUACAAGGCUCAUGCAUCAUAUCUUUCAUCUUUUCUAUCAUAAUAUCAAUUAUUUGGUUCUAUACAGAACACAUUCUAGUGUUACUUCAUCAAUCACAAGACAUUGCUAGAACAGCUGCACUCUACAUGAAGUUUCUCAUACCAGGAUUAUUUGCAUAUAGUAUCUUACAAAACAUGUUGAGAUUUCUACAAACACAAUCUGUGGUAAUGCCACUGGUUAUUCUUUCAGCUAUUCCAGCAUUGGUUCAUGUUGGAAUUGCAUAUGGAUUUGUUGAAUGGACAAGUUUGAAUUUCAUAGGUGGACCAAUUGCAACUUCUAUUUCACUUUGGAUAUCAAUGAUAAUGUUAGGAUUAUAUGUCAUAUAUGCAAAGAAAUUUGAGAAUACAUGGAAAGGAUUUUCAAUGCAAUCAUUUCAUUACCUGCUUACAAACAUAAAACUAGCUCUGCCCUCAGCAGCAAUGGUAUGUUUGGAGUAUUGGGCUUUUGAAGUUUUAGUUUUCUUAGCUGGAAUAAUGCCUGAUGCACAAAUAACAACUUCAUUGAUUGCAAUAUGUGCAAACACAGAAUUCAUUGCUUACAUGAUCACUUAUGGUCUUAGUGCUGCUGCAAGCACAAGGGUAUCCAAUGAAUUGGGAGCAGGCCAACCAGAAAGAGCUAAACAAGCAAUGGGAGUCACUCUAAAGCUUUCUCUACUUCUUGGUUUUUGUUUUGUUUUGAUGCUUUUAUUUGGUCAUGAUAUAUGGAUUCAGCUGUUUAGUAAUAGUCCUAUUAUCAAAAAGGAGUUUGCUUCAGUAACACCAUUACUUGCUAUUUCCAUACUAUUAGAUUCUAUCCAAGGUGUCUUAUCAGGGGUGGCUAGAGGAUGUGGUUGGCAGCACUUAGCUGUUUAUGUCAACCUUGCAACUUUUUAUCUCAUUGGUUUGCCAAUUUCAUGUCUCCUUGGAUUUAAGACCAAUUUGCAGUAUAAGGGUUUGUGGAUUGGUCUAAUUUGUGGCCUGGUGUGUCAAACUGGGACACUGUUACUUUUGACAAGAUAUGUCAAAUGGACUAAAUUGAACGUUUCAGACGAUAAAGAUAAUGACCAACUCAUUGUUGCAUAAACAACUGAAAAUUCAUGUUAUGUAGGGCUUGAUAAGAUUGUGUUUGGAAUCGCAGUGAGAGGUUUGUUAAAAUGGGAAAUUGAUUCAGUGAAGUUGAAUUUUUGGUGCAGUCAUUUUAUAACCGUUCGAUCACGAUCGGACGGUUUAAACAAAUGCAGUCAAUAAAUAUAGUUUUAAAUCAUGAUCGUCCGAUCUUGAUCGGACGCCUACAAACAGCCCGACUGCAUGAAUGCACCGAAAAAACGAAUUCAUGGAAUCCGGGUCCUUGUUAAAUGUGCUAUGUGAGCGAAACUAUAACUUGAGCUUCAGGCUCCUUUGUAUCAUUAAUUAUAACAUCAUAUCAAUCAAUAUAUUAUAUAGUGUAAA